GGUCUGAACACCAUCGUACUAAACACGCUGGUACCUGUAUCAUUGACCGUGAAUGCCCGACACAGUGUGUAUGUUUGGGUACAACUCUUGAUUGCUCCAAAAGAGAAUUGCUGGACAUACCUGCCGACCUUCCCAUUUACACUACCGAACUAAAACUGGGAAGUAACAAAAUCACUCGCAUCAGGGCAGAUGGUCUCUUUAAACGACUUCCAAAUCUUCAAAUACUGGAUCUCAGUGACAACAAGAUUCACGAGAUUGAAGAUAUGGCUUUUGAGAAAGGAGAUAAACUAACAGAUCU